AUGAGGAAUGUGAUGAAUAAAGGCUUCUUCUCCUCCAAAUCACUCUCCCUCGUCUUCCCCUCUCUCACUCCUCCCCACCUCCGCUUCUUCCAUCGCUCCUCGUCUCCGAACAUACCCAUUCACUGCAUGGCCGACGAAGAAUCCCCGAAUCGAAGCGGAGAUGGUUCCGUCUCCGUCCCUCCUCCUUCCCUUGCUUCCUCCGCCAUCGAUUUUCUCUCCCUCUGCUCUCGCCUCAAGACAACUCCAAGAGCUGGAUGGGUUAAAAGAGAUGUGAAGAAUCCAGAAUCAAUAGCAGAUCACAUGUACCGCAUGGGUCUUAUGGCCCUAGUUUCUUCUGAUAUUCCUGGUGUCAACCGAGACAAAUGCAUGAAAAUGGCAAUAGUUCACGACAUUGCAGAAGCCAUUGUGGGAGAUAUAACACCUUCUUGUGGGGUCUCUAAAGAAGAGAAAAACCGAAGAGAAAGUGAAGCACUUGAACACAUGUGCAAACUCUUGGGUGGAGGAGAAAGAGCUGAAGAAAUUGAUGAGCUGUGGAGAGAAUAUGAAGCAAACGAAUCACCUGAAGCCAAAGUUGUUAAGGAUUUUGAUAAGCUUGAGAUGAUACUACAAGCUUUGGAAUAUGAACAAGAGCAAGGUAAAGAUCUAGAAGAGUUUUUCACAUCAACCGCAGGGAAGUUCCAGACUGAUAUAGGCAAAGCUUGGGCGUUGGAGAUUGCUUCAAGAAGGAGAAAGCAACAAUAG